GUAAACCGGAAGUAGAGGUUCAAAAACAAGGUGCAGAAGUUUAGGACCCAACCAGGGAACAAUCCAGCAUGUUUUACUGCAGCAGCGGCGGUUCCGAUCCGCUGAACAUGUCCAAAAGCGGCAUCCUGAGAGGAAUCAUCACCGAGAAGCUGAGCACAGCCGCCCGGGAGAUCUUAGCGGUGGUGGAGAGGACCGUAGCCGACUACGAGGAGGAGGCUUCGGGCUUCAGGCGGGAGAUCGAGCGGCAGAGGAGGCAGCUGGAGCUCCUGCAGCCUCAGAUCAAGCUGCCCAGAACAGAACUAGAGCUGCUCCCAGAUCUGCAGAGCCACGAGGAGGUGGUGGUUGGUGAGGAGCAAGAGGAGCAGCAGCUCACACAGAGCACAGGUGUGGAGGCAGCUGAGAGUCACAGUCCACCUGGGAAACACUCUGAGGAAGAGGAGGAGGAUGAUGAUGAUGAGGGGGAAGAUGGUGGUGAUGAUGAUGAGGUGGCACAAGAGAAUGAUGAACAGGAGGAUGAAGAAUCAGCAAUAAAAUACAAGAUGAUCCAAGAAGACCUGAAGGACCCAGAUUUUGAAGUACCACCAAGGAAUGUCUUCGACUGUCAACUCCUCUCUCUGCUGAGGAUAAAUUCAGCGACGGCAGCAGAGACGAUCAGACAGAGCAGCACCCAGCGAGCCGAGAGGCCAGGAGACAGACCCGUCAGAGAUCACCUGGAACAGCCUUCAUCAUCCUCAUCCUCCUGUAGAGGCUCCGUGUCAGCUGACUGGCCUCCGCCAACAUGCUCCGCCUCCUCUUCUACCUGUUUGCUGUGGUGGUGCUGCCAGGUGCUGCUCAACAGGUUUUUACCGUUUCCUCAGAGGUCAACAUCAGCUCGUGUCCCAUCACGUAUUUUGGACAGAAGUACCAACGUCUCUAUCGGAUUCUACGACCCUCAGAACAAAGGCGACUGUUUGGUGGGACCAAAGGGGGAGAUGACAUGGUUUGAAUUUUAUGGGAAGACUUCUGGACUAGAAGAACUGAUCCAUCAGAAUCUGCCAACCAUUAACAACACCAUGGAAUGCUCUAUUUCCAUAUAUACUGAUACGGAUGGAUAUAAUGUAGUCAACUUUGGAUCAGAAACCGCUCUACGUGUGUUUUCACCAAACCAGAAUGUAAUGGUUGAGGUUCUGGUGGACGGUGUCAAAGUCAAGUCAGUGAAUCUAUCAAUCCCUAUUAAUGAAUACUACCUUACAGCAUUUGCAGACCUGACUGGCUGCAGACACUCAGGUGUCGUUUAUAAACCAGGCGACACGGUGAGCUCUGAUCCUGAAACCUGUGUCAAUCUCACCUGUUCUGAUGUUGGCGUCCUCCAGACAUCCAGCUGUGGGCCUCUGGAGCGUUGUCAAGGCAACGGCGUCUGCUCCUCUGGCUCCCCGUUGGGCUCCAGCUGCACUGUGACGGGUCCCGCUGUCAUCGGCUUCCAGGGCCAGCAGAGCUCUGUGAAGGAUCGCUGUUCCUACUCCCUGCUGAGGAUCCCAUCGGUCCCAGGAUUCCAGGUUCUGGCCCGCUUCCAGGAGCGGCGGCGUAGAGACGUGAGCUUCCUGGACAGCGUGACGCUGCGCCUGGACGGGCCGGGCGCUCACAUUCACCUGAAACAAGGAGGCAGGGUUCUGCUGGACGACUCGCCGCUGACCCUCAACAGCUCGGUUCAGACGGUUGGCGGUGUGAAGCUCUCUAAGGACCAAACUGGAGUCACCGCCAAGGUGUCGCUGUCCAACUUCACCGCUUCUGUCUUCUUUGACGGCUCCUCUGCACUGAUCCACCUGGAAGGAUCUGCUGGACAGUCUCUGCAGGGUCUGUGUGGAAGCUCCAGCAGCUCUGUGAGUGAGGAGAGGCUCUCUGAGGACAACUCCACCAGCUGUGAGAUGCAGUACUCCGAUAGUAACGACAGCACCAUCGACUGCACCAAGAUGACUGAACGCUGUAACCUCCUGAAGGAGGCGCCCUUCUCCUCCUGUCACAUCGACCCAGAGCCCUUCAUCACCGCCUGCACACACACUUUGUGCAGCUAUCCUGAUCUGGACGGCCUCAGGUGUCAGUUCCUGGAGGCCUACGCCAGAGCCUGCAGCCUGGAGAGCAACGGCACACUGGAGGACUGGAGGUCCAAGGCUGAGUGCUCGCCCCCUGGGGGCUUCUGCCAGGACAGGACCUGCAGCGAUCAUGAGUUCUGUGGAGAGAAGAGUGCUGGUGGAGAAAGUCGCUGCUUCUGUCGGGCCAUUUUUGCCUCCAAGUACAGAGAGAUCAAGUCUUUCGGUGAUCCAGCCAUCUGCAGCCAGAGCUCUGCUUCUCUCACUCUGGUGGGUUGUCUCCUGGAGGACGAAGGCCUCGACUACUCUGCCUUGCAGCUCAAAGAGCCGACCUGCAAAGGUCAGAUAGAUGAGCGGACCCACAUGGUGACUUUCACCUUCAACAGCACCAACCUCUGUGGGACGGAGGUCACGACCAGCAACAGCCAAACCAUCUACAGGAACACCAUCAUGUCACAGAACCUCUCUUCUGACGGCAUUACUCGCCAAGACCAGGUCUACAUCGACUUUUCCUGCAUUGAGACCGAGCCAGACACAGACACUGUGGCUUUCAGAAUCAAAGACAGCGCUGUGGUUCAUGUCAUCUCAUCCGGACCUUGGAAUUACUCUCUGACCAUGAAGGCCUUCAUGGACGCCGGCCGGACACAAGCUGUGGAUUUGAACACCGAGGUACGGCUGAACCAGAAGAUCUGGGUGGAGCUGGACACGGAGGGCCUGAAUGAAGACCUGGUUGCUGUGGUAACCGACUCCUGCUGGGCGACAGACCGAGCGUCCCCCACUGCUGGACGUAGAUAUUACCUGAUCAAGAACGGCUGUCCAAACUCUGAGGACCAGACGGUGAAGGUGGAGGGAAACGGAGAGGGAACCUCCAACUUCUUCUCCUUCAACAUGUUCCAGUUCUCUGGGAGCUCUGCUGAAGUCUACCUGCACUGUAAACUGCAGCUGUGUGUCAAACAGGGGAAUGUCUGCAUCCCGACGUGUGACGGAGCUCGGAGACACAGAUCAGUCAGGUCCAGACCUGGAGCUUCUGCCUUCAUCAGCAUGGCCUGGACCACCUAGGUUAUUUUGACCUGGACAGACUGACGGGCUGCAGAUGUUUGGUUUGAUUGGUUCUGAUCCAGAGCCUGGAUGUGUGGAGGUUGACUCAAACAGCCGCAGCGAGCUUCUAUUGGAGAGGAAGAGAGGACAGACCUGUCAUCUUUGUCAUGAGUCUAUAGCUGAUGUUUUCAUCUCUUAUGAAUGACUGGGUGUUUUAGGGCUACAGGUGAUAAUUAAAGGGAGAUUAAAGGGCUUUCAGAUUAGUUAUUUUACUAGGGUAAAUAUUUUAAUGGAGAAUAAUCAUUGAUUUUGUUGAAACUGCGUUGUGGUUGAGUUCAUCAUGACUUAUAAAGAAGAAGACAACAACAACCUGAACAUGAGGGAUUAAAAGCUGCUACAGAGUUUCAACGCAGGCUGGAGGAAGUUUAGAACUGGAGCAGGAACACAGCUGAGCUCCAGCUAUUUUCUAUCUAGAAGGACUGAGGCUGAGUCUGCUUAAAAUAUCUGAUUUACCAGCAAAAAGUCUGCAGAUCUUCAGGGUUUAGUGUCAGUGAGACGCUCUGUUAUCCUUUGAAGCUAAAGCUGGUUUAUGUGCUUCUAUCUUUAGGAAACGGGUGAGAGAAACUACUACUCAGGGUUUAUCUUGGUUCCAUCAGGUCCUGAUUUAAUUUAAUUUGAUUCAGAUCCUUCAGUUUCUUAUUGUUUCAGAGGUUUUACUGUUUCCAGACAUAUCAGACAAAUUACUAUUACCUGAACUAUUAAAUCAGAAUUUUAAUCCUU